AUGUCCGAAGAAACCUUCAAAGGCUGGGUAGCCCACGACUCCAAAAGCCCACUUGUCUACACAACAUUCACCCCCAAACCCUGGACAGAAUACGAUAUUGAGAUCCGUGUGUCCCACUGUGGCAUAUGCGGCACAGACAUCCACACUCUCCGCUCAGGCUGGGGUCCAACAGACUACCCCUGCGUAGUUGGCCACGAGAUAAUCGGCACUGUCUCGCGCAUCGGAUCAAGCGUUAGCACCUUGCCAUCUCCAUCCAAUGAACUCCAGCUCGGCGACCGCGUCGGUGUCGGCGCACAGAGCGGCUCGUGUCUUCGCGCAGACUGCGAAGCUUGCGCCGAUGGUCAAGAAAGCUAUUGCGCACGCAUGACAGGGACAUACAACGGGCGCUAUCUUGAUGCGCAGCGAUCAAAGUCAUACGGCGGAUUCGCCGAUACCUGGCGCGGGCCUGCACACUUUGUCUUUCGAAUUCCAGAUGCUUUGCCUUCUGCUGAGGCGGCGCCAUUACUCUGUGGCGGUGUGACUGUAUUUGCACCAUUGCGCAAAUACGGUGUGGGGCCUGGGAAGAGUGUUGGUAUUGUUGGAAUUGGGGGGCUGGGACAUAUGGGGAUAUUAUUUGCACGAGCGCUUGGGGCAGAUCGGGUUGUUGCUAUUUCACGAUCAUCUGGGAAGAAGAAUGAUGCCGUUGAUGCCCUCGGUGCUGAUCAAUUUAUUGCAACUGGUGAGGAAAAGGGGUGGGCGAAGAAACACUCGCGAACCCUCGAUGUGAUUUUGUGUACUGUUUCCGCGCACGAUAUGCCAUUUGCGCAAUACCUGCGUCUGUUGAAGCGGGAUGGGACGUUUGUGCAGGUUGGGGCCCCAGAGGAUGCUUUACCGCCUCUCAUGGCUUGGAGUUUGAUUCAGAAAAGUGUGAAGGUUACUGGAUCUAAUAUUGGAUCGCCUGCGGAUAUCCGAGACAUGUUACGGGUUGCUGCAGAAAAGAGGGUCUUGCCUUGGGUUCAGAGGAGGGAAAUGAAGGAUGUUAAUGCUGCCCUGAGCGACAUGCAUGAUGGCAAGGCAAGGUAUCGAUAUGUGCUUGAGAAUGGAGUACAGGCAAAGUUAUGA